UAGAUCGAAGAAGGUGAACGUAAUACAGCUUAUUUCUGCGGUCUUGAGAAGAGGAGACAGGAGAGAAAUAUUAACACACUGAUGAUAAAUGGCUCUGAAUGCACAGAUCCAAAAUUAAUCCCCGAGGAGGUCUACAGAUUCUACAACGACUUAUACACUCCUUCUGACUGAGGCAGAGAUUUAUCACUUUUGGAAAGUAUUAAACAUCACAUUCCCUCCAUCAGCUCAGACUUUAAGGACUUGUGUGACUCAGACAGUGAAAUGUUUGAACUGGACAAUGCUGUUAAACAGCUGCCUCUUGGGAAGUCUCCCGGGCAGGAUGGACUCUCUUCUGACUUUUAUAAGCACUUUUGGGAGGAUCUUAAGGAUUUGUUCUUCCUUGCCAUAACAGAAAGUAUCAAAAACAAAACUCUGAUGACUACUAUGAAACAAGGGCUCAUAUCACUUAUUCCAAAAACUGGAAAGGAUAAGAAAUAUUUGGACAAUCUAAGACCGAUAACACUACUUAAUGUAGAUUAUAAAUUGUUGACUCAUGCCGUUGCAAAUAGGCUUAAGGUAGGUAUCUCGCAAAUUAUCAGUGAAUCUCAGUCUGGUUUUCUCAGAGGUCGGUCAAUCCAUGACAAUAUUAGGCUUGUUUUUGAUUUAUUGGACUAUAGUGACAAUAUCGAAGAUGAUAAAAACGUGAAGAAUUAAAGAAAGUAGAUGUUUUGGGAUAUCCACUUGCGAUAAGUCAGUUAGCGGACGAUACCACGCUGUUUUUGAAAAACAAGACUCAAAUACCAAUAGCUCUGCAAGUUGUUGCUCGUUUCUCAGAAGCAUCUGGUCUUUAUCUAAAUGUGGGUAAAUGUGAGCUGAUGGCCAUCCACGAUCACCCGCAAAUACCGUUAUAUGGUAUACCUGUCAAGGAUCAAGUCAAAUAUUUAGGUAUUAUUGUAACGAAAAGUGAAAUAGAUAGAGAGAAGUAUAAUUUUGAUGGUGUUUUAAAGAAGAGUAAAGCAAUUCUGAACAUGUGGUUGCAGAGAGAACUAUCUAUUUUUGGAAGAUUACUACUCUCUAAAAUGGAGGGUCUCUCGAGACUUAUUUAUCCAGCAUAUUCCCUAAACAUACCUCAAAAAGUGAUCAAACAAAUCAAUCAAAAUAACUUCAGUUUUCUCUGGAAAAAUAAGCAUCAUUAUAUAAGGAAAAAUGAUAUUGUUAAAUCUUUAGAAGAAGGCGGCCUAAAUGCCAUUGAUUUCGACCCAAAUUACGGUGGUUACAAAAUUUUAUAACAAAUCUAGACAGUUUCUGGUUCAAUCUCCCCGCUAAAAUAUUCUCUAGUUUUGGUGGUGUCGAAUUUCUUAUUAAAUGUGAUUUUGAGUUAUCCAAAUUACCCAUUAAUUUGUCUAAGUUUCAUGGACAAGUUCUCCAGUAUUGGAAAUUAAUUUAUAAUCAUAAUUUUUCGCCCCAUGAUACACCUUUAUGGAAUAACAGGUAUAUACUGAUUAGAAAAAAAUCCUUCUUUUACAAACACUGGGCUGAACAGGGUGUAAUGCUGGUUUUACAUUUACUGGAUGACAGGGGUAAUUUACUUAACUAUUCAGACAUUCACAAAUAUAAUAUUAUUUGUUCUAAUCAACAAUUUACACAAGUCAUCAAUGCGAUUCCACAAGCAAUCAUUGGUUCUGUUAAAGGUUUCUUGAUGUACACACACUCUGUUCCACAACUGUUUCCCUUAACUAUUCAAAACAUUUCCUUUUUAGACAAAAAAUGUUACAAGUUCUUAAGAUCCGUAUUGUCUAAUGAAUGUUUUCCUUUGCCUUUAAGAAGACGAAAUAUUAUGGAGGGUUUCACCAGUCAAAAUAUACAAAAGUUUAGAUGUAACUAUUUAAAACUUCCUUUCCCACCAAAAGCUAAAGAGGUACGUUUCAAAUUGUUAAAUAAUGUUUACCCAUGCAAAGAAUUUUUACAUUCAAAAUUUAAUAUUGAGGACAAUGUUUGUACCUUUUGUUUAGCUAACAUUGAAACAGAUGAGCAUCUCUUUUUCUCAUGUGUUUAUUCAAAGAUAUUUUGGGAUAGUUUCUGUAUUUGGGCUUAUCAAGACAACUUGGGUGUCCGAUCUUUCGAUUACAAUGAUGUUAAAUUUGGCGUUGUACUGGAGGACAAAUCAAAAGAUUUAACAAUUAAUAGUAUGAUUGUUAUGGCAAUUGUUUUCAUUCAUAAAUGUAAAUUUGGCAACAUUAAACCUUUAUUUAAUGUUUUUAUUCAUGAUAUGUCAUCUUUAAAAGAGUCUUUGAAUUUUUGUAAAUCUAAGAAUGCACUUUGGCUAUGUUGUUUUUGUGUGGCAGGCCUUACUGUAAAACACAACUUUCUAACUUUAUUCAAUGGUUUUGGUUAAAGUAGCGAACUUAGCGAUUGCUAUGUUCCCCGGCUCCACCCCCUCCUCCAAAUAUGGUCAUAUCCGUUCACUGGUUGCAAAAACCAAGAUGGCGAUGGCCAAAAUGCCAAUCUCAAGGCUUCAAAACAGUAGUCAGCAAACCGCUGGGUGACGUCACGGUGACUACAUCCACUUCUUUUAUGGUUGGAAACGCAAUACAUAUUCAAUUUGACGUCAUACUAGUAUGAAUAGUACGUUAGCAUGUGAUUCUGAACACAAACUCUGUUAAAUGAUUCUCAGAUUCUCACAUGGUUGCCAUGGUAAACAUUUAAAAAUAAAUGAAAAACAUAAAAGAGAAACAUUCCAUUCUAUUUCCCAUGAUACAUCAUCAGAGACACAUUCUAGAAUCUUCAGUCUACAAGACUCCCACAAACUGUCAGACCAGUCACAAAUACAAAGACACAGAGAUCGACAGCAAACAGAAAGCGUCAAGUUUUCACGAUGGAGAAAACCAAAGACAAACAAAGAAAAAAAGGCAAGAACAAAGUGAAGGAAAACUUUAUCCAGCCAGCAGAGGAGGUAUCAAUCACCUUUGGUUCCUGGAAUAAAAGGAUUUCCACUCUCCGCAGGCAGAACGAGGCAGCUAUGUCUGCACAGGUUAACCCUCCAGAGACUGCUAAACAUCAGCAGUCUGUCAAGGCCCCAACCCGUCAGGGUGUCCGCAAAAAGGGCCAGGCAGGGAAAGGGGACCUAAACUGCACACAGUCGGAGACAGUGCCCAAAUUUUGCAUCCUCCAAAGGCAACCUGAGGAUGCUCCACAGCAGGCUGCUGCACCCGAAGAUGCUCCACAGCAGGCUGCUACACCCACAGGUGCUCCACAGAAGGCUGCUGCACCAGAAGGUGCUCCACAGCAGGCUGCUACACCCAGAGGUGCUCCACAGAAGGCUGCUGCACCAGAAGGUGCUCCACAGCAGGCUGCUACACCCACAGGUGCUCCACAGAAGGCUGCUGCACCAGAAGGUGCUCCACAGAAGGCUGCUAUACCAGAAGGUGCUCCACAGCAGGCUGCUGCACCUGAGGGUGUACCACAACAAGUGGGUACACCUUCAGGUGCUACACAGCAGACUGAAUUGACAAGGGGCCCUGUCCAGAGGAAAAAGCUUUGGACACCACCACCACCGUACCGUACCCAGGAUAAAACCACUGAUUUUAAAAGGGGUCCUGUCCAACAGAAAAAGCUUUGGACACCUCCACCACCCUACCACACCCGGGUUAAAACCACUGAUUUUAAAAGGGGCCCUGUCCAACAGAAAAAGCUUUGGACACCUCCACCACCCUACCACACCCGGGUUAAAACCACUGAUUUUAAAAGGGGUCCUGUCCAACAGCUUUGCACAGCACCACGCCACCACACCCCUCAGUGUGCACCUGCCAAACCACAGCAGGCAGACAGGGUCAAGGCUUGUGAUGGGGUUGAGGCUUUCCCCCAGCAGGCCACGAUUCACGUUCCUGAGCUCGAGCCACAGCAGCUCAGGAGUAGAGAGACGGAGCAGACCACCGAGCUCGAGAGGGCAAACGAGGCUUUAGCAGCUCUGCUGGAGCAGUUACAAGAAACGCCGGCCAAGGCCUGUGAUGGGGUAGAGGCUUCCCCCCAGGAGGCCAGAAUUUACGUCUCUGAGCUCGAGCUUCAGCAGCUCAGAAGCAGAAAGACAGAGCAGACCACCAAGCUCAAGAAGGAGAAUGGAGCUUUAGCAGCUGAGAUGGAGCAGUUAAAGGAAACGCUCCAAAGAAACAACGCUCUCCAUGAUGACAUUAUGCUGAAGAGGGUGAACAAGAUCAUGGACCUGGAGCUUCAGCUUUUAGCGACGAAGACCACUGAAGCUGAGGCUCUCCAGAAGCUGCAGCAGAUGGAGAAACACCUUCAGAGGCAAAAGGAGAGCCGGAAAGAACUGGACGUGUGCCUGGCCCAGCAAACAGAGGAAAACAACAGACUGACGGCUGCGCUGACCCUGACACAGAGAGAGCUGGAGAGUCAACAGCUGCAGUGGCAGGAGGAGCGGUCCCGUCUCCUCCAGUCCCUCAGCGACAUCCACCACACCCUGCAGGAGGAGGAGAAAGCUCAGAAGACAAGAUGGGAUGGGAUGACGGACAAGAUUGUCGACCUAGAACAGCAGAUGAAAAAGAUCGACAAAAAGCCUAAAAGACCCUCUCUGAGGAGAAGAUUCCUCCAGUUAUUCAAGUGAAGUGGAGGAGAAUUCAUCCUACAGGCUAACCCCCAACUCCCACCACCUAUCCCUAGCUCCCGCUACCCCAUCCCUAUUUUCCAUCUCUUAUUGCUCUUCCAGCCAUCUGUGGAGAGGGGAUCUCUCUUUGAAUUGCCUCCCCCAAGGUUUCUUCCCUUUUGGGGAGUUUUCCUUGUCUUCUUAGAGAGCGUGGGCUGGACAUACAAUGUCUCAGAGGGCCUGUAGCCUUCUGAGACAUUGUAUGUAACUUUUGGGCAAUAACUUCUUUUAAAUUUCCCUCAUCCUCAAAAAUCCUCAACCCUCCUUUCCUUCUGUUUGUUGCAAAAUAUUAAAUAAUAAUAAA